AGACACAUUCUUAUGUGUCACAGUCAGAUCAAAGCUAGGUCCCAGAGGGCCUAGCAUGGGCCACUAUGAAUCCACCUGCUGCUGGCAAAUCAAGCACUCGCGGUUCUGGAUACCACCAAAAGGCUUUAGCUGAGAUUCGCAAUUCAUUACUACCAUUUGCGAAUAUCGGCGGGGCUGGCGAGGUAGGUUCCAGCGCCGCUAGCACUAUCUCUACCAUAUCCACGACCAGUGGCAUUAGCUCUGCCUCAGGUCUCAGCGGGCUCUCUGGCGCUUCUGGUUCCGCCGCUGACAAACCGGAUCAGCGACAAGCGUUGGGACAACUAUUAGCUAUGGGAUAUUCGGAAGAAAUAGGAUUACGCGCUUUGAAAUUUGCGGGAUGGCGAUUGGACGCGGCGAUAGAAUAUUUGAAGCAGGCUCAAGGGGAAUCUCUAAAUGGGCUCGGUAAACUCAAUACUAAACUUAUCAGGAAGCCGAGUCUUGAGAGGGAAUUGAACCUGCAACGCGGCAGUCCCGCAUUGGACAGCGGGGCAGGCAGCUCGCGAUCCGACAGUCCGCGCCUCACGGAACUUAGCACGCAUCCACAAUUGAGCCGUCAGUACUCGCCCAGUAACUUUGUGGAUCGCGAACCACCGCCGCCGCCGCCACCACGGUGUAGCUCCACGCCACCUCCACCGCCGCCGCCUCACGCACCAUACAGCCAGUCCAAUGUGCCUACCAACAUGCAGCAGAUGCUCAAGCGAAUGUCACCUGCGCCGGUCGUGCCGACGAGAUCGACAGCGACGGCACCCGGCACGGCCGGCGCCACAUCAACGUCAGUAAAUCCACCACAACGCGGCACUAGUCCGGUGGCGAACGCCAAUAACUCCGGCAGCCGUCAGCCGAUGAUCGUACAAAACGGUCCACAGGUGCAGCAGCAACUGACGCAGCAAAUGCAAGCUCUCAGUAUUUAUCAAACGAGCAACAGCAACGCGAAUACCCAGGUCGAACCUCCGCCGCCGUAUCCUAUAGUCCCAUCCUCGUCCUCCGGUCAGUCGGUGCAGCCACCUUCUUACAGCGUUUCCAUGCAAAAUCGGCAGAGCCCCACACAAUCACAGCAGGAUUAUCGUAAAAGUCCGUCGUCGGGCAUCUACUCGGGUCCGACAUCCGCUGGUACACCCAGUCCCAUCACCGUAUCUACUAUAUCAUCUAGUAGCACGCAAACGUCAAUGGCGCGGCCGACACCGUUGCAAGCUUGGGGUGCACGGCAGGCCAAGACGCAACCACCGAUCAUCAUGCAAUCGGUGAAAAGUACGCAAGUGCAGAAACCGGUAUUACAGACUGCUAUCGCUCCCACAGCGCCGCAGUCAAUCUCCACCACCAGUAACACGCCACCUCCGCCGCCAUCUUACGCAUCAUCUAUUCAGCAGAAGCAACAGCAGCAACAACCGCCGCCCGCUUAUCCACCAGUGAAUAAUGUAGCUGUGUCGCCUGCCGGUAUACCAACGACGGAACCACCAAGUUACGCCACGACGAUGCAGGCAUUAGCGGCGCAACGCGGUAUGCAUCAUCCAUUGCCGCCACCACCUUAUAGCACCCCUACCGAGGAUACUGCUAUUAUUCCCUCUCCGAUGGAAAGUGGCGGCGCGUCGCGAACCUCUCCUGUUGCUCAUCAUCCGCCACUUCAAAGAAAAUAUUCUCCGGCUGAUAACUGCCAUCACACAAUGGACGCGCCACCAUUGCCGCCAGUUGCCUCGACCUCUGUAUCCGCGAGAAACAACAACAACAAUUAUUCGUCCUUACCCGAGGGAACCGCAGUCAGUACCAAGGGUGGUAACGGCAUCAAAGGUGAUGGCAGUGGUGGUACGCCCUCGUCCUACAAAAUUAAACAUCAGUCUCCCAUACCCGAGCGCAAGACCAUGAGUAUAGAGAAAGAAGAGGAGCGUAGGGAUUGUAAAGUGAGAAAUUACUCUCCCCAGGCUUUUAAAUUUUUCAUGGAGCAGCACGUGGAGAAUAUACUCAAAUCGCACAAGCAACGUCUCUAUCGGCGCAUGCAAUUGGAGACGGAGAUGGCGAAGAUCGGCCUGAGCGCGGAGGCGCAGUGCAUGAUGAGGAAGAUGCUGUCGCAGAAGGAAUCCAAUUAUAUUAGACUAAAACGGGCAAAAAUGGACAAAUCGAUGUUCACAAAGAUCAAACCGAUCGGUGUCGGUGCGUUUGGCGAGGUCACGCUUGUGAGGAAGCUCGAUACCAACCAGUUUUACGCGAUGAAGACUUUGCGUAAGGCCGACGUACUGAAUCGCAAUCAAGUCGCUCACGUGAAGGCCGAGCGUGAUAUACUAGCGGAAGCCGAUAACGAGUGGGUCGUCAAGCUCUAUUACUCAUUUCAGGAUAAGGAUAAUCUAUAUUUUGUAAUGGAUUACAUACCUGGCGGGGACUUGAUGUCGCUAUUGAUUAAACUCGGCAUCUUCAAGGAGCCACUAGCGCGAUUUUAUAUCGCCGAACUCACAUGUGCAGUUGAAAGUGUUCACAAAAUGGGAUUUAUUCAUAGAGACAUUAAACCAGAUAACAUUCUAAUCGAUCGCGAUGGUCAUAUCAAAUUGACUGACUUCGGCCUCUGCACGGGAUUUCGUUGGACUCACAAUUCUAAAUAUUACCAACAAAACGGCCAUGGUAAACAAGACUCAAUGGAUCCAGCUGACGAUUGGAAUAAUGAGUGUCAGUGCAUACAGUUAAAGCCAUUAGAACGUAGAAGACACCGGGAACAUCAGAGAUGUUUAGCGCAUUCUCUGGUUGGGACACCGAACUAUAUCGCCCCGGAGGUUCUACAGCGUACAGGAUACACACAGUUGUGUGAUUGGUGGAGUGUAGGAGUAAUCUUGUAUGAAAUGUUAGUUGGUUCUCCACCAUUUCUUGCCAAUACUCCUGCUGAAACUCAAUAUAAGGUUAUUAAUUGGGAGACAACACUUCAUAUACCGAAACAGGCAAAUCUUUCCCCGGAAAGUAUGGAUUUAAUCUUGAAACUCUGCGUUGGCGCUGAUCGUCGUUUAGGUAAAAACGCGAAUGAAGUUAAAAAUCAUCCGUUCUUCGCGAGUAUCGACUUUGAGAAGGGAUUACGGCGCCAAAUGGCCCCGCAUAUACCUCGUAUAGAGUAUCCGACUGACACAAGCAAUUUCGAUCCCGUGGAUCCGGAUAAGCUGCGCAAUUCUGAAUCGUCAGAUUCGAACAAAUCGGACGAAUUGCUGGAUAACGGAAAACCCUUUCACGGCUUCUUUGAGUUUACGUUCAGGCGCUUUUUCGACGAUGGUGGUGGUCCCGCAUAUCCCAGUCGAAUCAGCUUGGAUGACAAUGACAAUCAAGGUCCCGUCUAUGUAUGACAUUAGGCUAGGUUUACAGACAAUUCGCCGUCUGCCAUUUCCCAAUUUCAACAUUUGUCUAUCGAUGCAUUUUUGUUUGUCAUUUUAUUAAGAUGUCUAAGAUAUGAUUAGAUUUUAACAUAAUGAUUCUGCGUUCAAUAUCUCAUCUAUUUCCCGAAUUUAUAAAUCCAUAAGUCUGUUAUAAUGAAACGUUCUUCUUUUCUUACAAUGGAUUUCUCUACAAUAGACUAUAAUGGAUUUCACUAAUGAUCACAGUUCACUAAUUAAGAAUCCAAAGAGGUUUUAGGGUAUUUCUGCAAUUUUAAAAUUUUUCUUGAUAAAAGGCUUACUAAAUGAAGUUUUGUUGUUUACAGUAAGCAUGUUCACAAGAAUCAUAACAUUUUCUUUUUCUUUUUUUUUUAUAUUACUAGACUAGAAUUUUAGGGCUAUUCUACAAUACGUCACAAACGAUGGCAACUGCUAGUUUGAAAAGUGUUAUUUUCCGUUGCGCUUGUCAGUUGUGGUGGUCAAAAGAGAGUUGGCGAACUUUUAACUUUUUUAGCGUCGGCAACUGGCAAUCGGCAAUCAGAAAUAACACUUUUCAACUAGCAGUUGCCAUCGUUUGCGACGUAUUGUGGAAUGGCCCUUAAGGGAAUCCUGAAGUGACACAUAAAUUAUUGACAUUUACAAGUUCGAAUUUCCUUCUAAUUGGCUUUAUAUUGAAAAUUUAAUUACAUAUUUAAAGUACAGAAAUAAUGGACGUGACGGUAAAUUUAGACUAAGGCCGGUAUUCAUAGUCCAUUCUUAUUUUAAGAUCGUCUUAAGUAAUAUCUUAGAUGUUAAUACGGUUCUGAUUGGUUUGUGACAUCUUAAGGUAGUUGUAUCGCGACAGUAUUAGUCAAAAAUAAUGGUCACACUGCAAUACGAUAAUGUAUGAAAACUCUACUUAUCUGUGUAAAACUUUUGACUGAGCUUGUACUGUUUUUACUGUUUUCACUCGCGUCAGUAAUGUCAGUAUACCAGUAUGCUAUCGAGGUUAUUUUGAAUAAAUAGAAGAAAUAGAAGCGAAAAUGUCUGUUGAACGUUACAAAGGAAGAUUAAUUAAAAAAAAGUAUUAAAGAAAAGACUUAAAGCCUUAGCGGCAAUGUCUGAACUACAUAUAUAUCUAAUCUUCAUAUGCGCAGUGUUGCAAGAUCUUUACAGGUUAGCUGUCGUAUGCGUCCAUCGCUAUGAGAAAUUGUGUACUUUGUGUAACAAUAGCUUCAAAACUAAAUAGAUAAGGGUCUUGUACUUUUGUAAGAAUAUUUUUACAAGUCUCUUUUGUCAUCUCUUUGUUUUUCAUUAAACUCCUAUGAGUAGUUUGAUCGCUACAAUUACAAACGUGAUAUAGGAAGCCGUUUUCGUCCUACGAUACAUGUAAAAAGUGCUAAGUUUGAUUUCCAUUAUUUCAACUUUGGUAUAGUCAAGCUUUUUCUACUUGCACGUGUGUGUAGAGCGUGUUUGCAUUAAUAUGCUGUUCAAAUUUUAAAAGAUUCUUAUGAAAAUGGGUUUUGUGAUACAACUACCUUAAGAUUGUACAUAAGACAAUCUUAAAUAUAAGAACCGACUAUGAAUAUCGACCUAAGAAUU